AUGACAGCUUUGGCACUGUUAGAGGAUACUGCAAAUGGAGCAGUGAGACGAGAGCGAGUUUUCAGAGACCGAGAGGAUUUCUUAGCACAGGAUGACGAAUGGCUCAUCAGCCACUUUAGGUUCCCCAGGGCAAUCCUCUUGGAACUGUGUGCGGAGCUGCAGCCAUUCUUGGAGCGCGACACGGCCAGGAACCAUGUCCUACCUGAGCACAUACAGGUGCUAACCACACUGAGCUUCCUAGCCACAGGGUCAUUCCAGAGGGAGCUGGCCGCCCGAUCGGGACUGUGCCAGUCGACACUGAGCCAAGCCAUGCCAGCUGUGUGGGAUGGAAUUAUCCAAAUAUCACCAAAAUAUAUCAAAUUCCCACACACUGCAGGUGACCAGGCCAACACUGAAGCGGAAUUUGCAGUGAGAGCCUGUUUUCCUAAUGUAAUCAGAGCUAUCGACUGCACACACAUUGCUAUAAAGGCACCAUCACAAGAUGAAAUUGUUUAUGGGAACAGGAAGCAGUUUCAUUCCAUCAACGUACAGAACAUCUGUGAUGCCUGCAUGCAAUUAAGCAACAUUGUUGCAAGGUGGCCUGGAUCAACAAAUGAUUCACUCAUUCUGACUAACAGCUUUGUUGGGAACAGCCUACAAGCUGGCAUGGUGCCGGAUGGGUGGCUUCUUGGUGACUGUGGCUACCCUCUGAAAACCUGGCUGAUGACCCCUCUCACCAACCCUCAGACUGACCAAGAGCGGAGGUACAAUGAUGUCCAUUCACGCACUCAAUCAGUUGUCGAGAGGACAAUUGGCAUGCAGAAGGGCCGAUGGCGCUGCCUGGACCUCACUAGGGGUGUGCUGCUCUACAGACCUGAAAAAGUGUGCCAUAUUGUGACGUUCUCCACAAUGUGGCACACUGGCACACCAUCCCACUGCCAGAGCAGCACAUCCCCCCACCAGACAAACCAGACGCUGGACCCAUCGAUUCCAAUCCUGCCCAGGAGGCCAUUCAGGCCCAGCAACAUGUGA